UAAUUUUCAGUUUCCCUUAAUGGGUUUAUGCUCUUUUUUUUUUUAUUAUUCAUUUGAAUUCUUUGCUCUUCUGUAGAAUGUUAAUUGACCUGGGAUGACUUUCCCCCUGUAUUUGUUUUCUUUUCUAAAGAAGUAAAAGAAAAAUCUAUUUCUGAGUUGGGUUUUCUUUUUCAUUGCAUGAUAUUGAUAUUCUUUUUGUUUUUGAAGAAGAUAAUCAUGGGAUAUCUACAUUAUGAAGCAGGAUACUGACACAAUCCGUGAUUAUAUUAAAUUGGAUUUCGCUGUUGAUCUCCAUUCUCUCUCCUUGAUGAAGUUUUUCUUUUUUUUUUUUUUUUAAGCCAAUCCUUGAUGAAGUCGCUUGCAUUCUCGGUUUGUGCUUUUUUGUGCUGGAUUUAGUUUCUAUGGGCAAUUUGAUCGAGUGGUUCUUGUAUAAUUUAGUACUCAAAAUCGUAUAAAAAAGAGCAAGAAAAGAGGAAAAUGAUGUGGGUGACAAAAGAAAUAUGUUUAUGUGCAACCUCCUAUUAUAGAAUAUGAUGUAUUUAUUAGCCUUGAGACCAUCUGUGAAUGUUACCAUGCUAUUAGCAAUUUCAUAGUCUUGGAGACUGAAGAGGGAUUAUGUUAUAUGUAACUAAUCUGGUACUAAAAUCUGCUUAACUUUUAUUUACAUUAUAUUUAAAAACUUCACAAAAUGAAAAUACAUAAUUGAAUAAAGAAAUAAAGAUAAAGUUUGGUCUUAAUUUCACCAAGGAUGAUUGAAAGUUGUUUUUAGACUUUGGCCCUUUGAAAUGAUUUUUUUUCUUUUCAAUUUCCAAUGUAACUCCUAAAAUUUUCACUGAAUAUGUACCUUAAGUAGAUUUAAUUUUACUGCAAUUACUACUUCUAUUGAUUGUGGUAAAAGAUGAUUCUCAGAGCUCUUUCCUAGCUCUGAUUGUACAUAUUGGUAUGAUCUUUUGCCUAACAGUUAGAUCAAGGCUCAUUACUAUGAAAAUCCUAGGAGGGAAAUUAUGGAGAAUGCAUGUGGUGUGAUAGAUUUAAAAUAUCUUUCUGGAUUUUCAAGUUUGAUGGGAUAUAUCUAUUUAAUUGAAUCUAGGUUCAUGGUCUCACAACAAUUUGAAGAGGAAUUGUUUUCUGGUUUUUGGAGCUCAUCUUGCACAGCUUUUCAAACUCCUUAAGGGAAAUGUAAAAUAAAAUAAAAUAAAAUAAAAUAGAAAGAGUGAUUGUUGAGUUGCUUAAUCUUCUACCUCAUUUUGUAUGAUUCAUGUUGUGUCAUUCUAUGUGAUUUGAAGUUUUGCUAAAAUCUUCUAAAUGUUCUGAUUAGUUUUCAAAUUCAAAGAUAUUAUCACUUGUCAAUUUGAUUUGACUACUUUAUCAUUUGUUUGCUGUCCAUCAUAUUUCAAGAGAAAUAUGGCUAGUAGCCUGGCAUAACCUUUGCUCAUAUUUAACAUUUUUCUAUUUGAGCUUGUUAUUUAUCUAUUUCUUGACAGCUAUUUGUCACAUACUGUUGUUUAAGACCAAGAGAUAUUCUUUUCGCUGGGUUCUUUCAUGGAAUAUGUAUUCUGUUGGAUCAAUUGACCAGCUACAUUUCUUGUGCUUGUUUCUUUUAUCUUUGGCAAUGCUGCCCUUUAUCAGUUAUAUUAUGCCUGCUUUCUACUUGAUAAUUGCAAUGCAAAGGACAAAAUGCUUGCUAGCCAAUCAUCAAGCUUGUAUAUGCUGUGAUCAGAUAGAAUCCAUUUAGCUUUGCAUGCCUUACUUUUUUCCAAUUCCACUUCUAUUACUAAUCAAGUCUUAUAUUUUUAUUACUUUGUUCCAAUUCUCCUUCUACUACUAAGCAAGUCUUAUAUUUUAGUGCACUUAUCAUUAAUAAGCAAGUUUUAUUGAUGUAGAACAAGUUCUGAUCCCAAAUUGAGGUCAGAAACAGAUCCUCCUCAACUGGUAGAGAAACACAUUCUUUAGAGAAACAAAUUCUCAAAUAAAUAAGGGAAACUAAUUCCCAAAAUCUUUUUAAUUGUCAAUAAAAACAUCAUAAUAGACUCUCCCCAAUAAAAUACCUAUGCCAUUUAUUGUUUAUCAAGUAGUCCUAUUAGUAACUUAUUAGGAAUACUAAACCAAAAGAAAUUGAAGAAUCCCAAAUCAAUUUAAAGUUUUUAAAUAAAAUACUACUUCCUAUAUAAUAAUAAAAUCCUAAAUAAUAUAAAACUCCUAAUUAAUAAAAUCCUAAAGUUCCUCAUUUUACAAUGAAAAAUUGAACUAAAAUAAUUCAUAAAUAUAUUCUUACUAUACUGCAUCACUUAUAUUUUAUUUAGACUUAUCAUUUGAUUUUGCUUUCCUCUACCUAUUGCACUUAUCAUUAGUUUUGUUGUUGUGUCACCUCUUCAAGUAUUACAUUCUUGAUUAUCAUAAUUGCAUCAAAUAUCCAGUCACAGAAGCAGCAUGUAAUCAACAUCCAGUUUUGUAUGUUGUGCUUAUGUUUUUCUUAUUAUUCAUGUCAUCUGAUUAUUUUUUUUUUUAACCUGUGAAGUUUGAAAGAGAAUCAUAGUUGGAAAAUCCAUAAAUGAAAGAAUUCAAUUCAGUUGAAUUCUAUUUGACUAAUGCUCAUAUUUAAAAAGUUUGAAAUUGCUAGAAUUCAAUUCUUUAGUUUUUUUUUUUUUUUUUUUUUUUUUUAAAUUUUUUUAAAGAAGUCAUUUUGAAAGAAAUUAAUCCAUGCCAAAAUUGAUAUGAUUUUAGGAUACAAUUCUUAAUGAACUCUCCUAUUAAAAUCCUAAAACAGCCCACUUAAACUACAUAUAUAUUUUUUUUCUUUGUAAAUAAGGGUAAAAUAGAAGUAAAAGCAUAUUCAUCUUACUUUUCAAUUAUUUUAAAUGUCAAAAUUCAAAUGAAUUCUACCAUUUUAAAAGUUAUUCCAAAUACAUGAAAGUUCUUACAAAAUCAUUUGAAUUGAAUUCUAAUAUAAGAAUUUUUCCAAAUGGUGAGUGGGUAGGUAUGGCUAUUUAUCUAUCCGUAAGAAAUGAUUUAGUGGCUUGAUUUGCAAGGCCUUUCCUAUUGAUAUGUUUAAUGUCAAACGAAAUUGUUUGAGAAAAUUUUAUAUAUUAUGCUUAUAUUUUUCUUAAUAUUCACAUCAUUGAUUGAUUUGUUGAAGCUUUGAAAUUUGAAAGAGAUUCAAUCACAAUGUAUAUAUAUGGUUCUUUAUUAUUUGAUGUAACCUGUCCUUUAGAAACUAUUUGGUGGCUUUAUUGAUAAUAUCUUUCUGUUGUUAUGCUUGAUAUUCAAACAAAUUGUUUUAGGAGAUUUUGUAUGUUAAAAAGUAAUGUUCACUAAAAGUUUACUAGAUGAAGUCUAUUAGUCAUGUUAGCAUCCUGUAAUCCAUUCUUCUCAAUCAUGCAGUCAAAGAACUUGUCAGAUCUACUGAAGGAAUUGCUCAUUCCAUAAUGUCGUUUAUUGCCUCAAGCAUAUUUUUAAUAUUAAGCUGAGAAUUGAAAUUUCCUCAAUAUACACUUUUGGCGUUCUCCCAGUUCUGAAACCUGCUAUACGAUUGAUGCAAUGUCUCUGAUAUCAAAAUUACGCUGUAUCACUGUGGAUGUCACUGGUACACUCAUAGCUUACAAAGGUGAGCUUGGUGACUACUAUUGCAUGGCAGCAAAGUCUGUUGGACUGCCAUGCCCGGACUACAAGCGUGUGCAUGAUGGCUUCAAACUUGCAUAUACUGAUAUGGCAAAAAAUUAUCCAUGUUUUGGGCAUGCAGCUAAAAUGCCUAACAUUGUCUGGUGGAAAACAUGUGUGAGAAAUUCCUUCAUCAAGGCUGGAUAUGAUUAUGAUGAAGAGACUUUUGAGAAAAUCUUCCGGCGCAUAUAUGCAUCAUUUGGUUCAUCUGCCCCUUAUACUAUAUUUCCAGACUCCCAACCUUUCCUGAGAUGGGCACGUGAAAAGGGACUUCUAGUUGGGCUUGUUAGCAACGCAGAAUACCGUUAUCAGGAUGUGAUCCUUCCAGCCUUGGGUUUGGAUCAGGGGUCAAAGUGGGACUUUGGUGUUUUCUCUGGUCUUGAAGGUGUAGAGAAGCCGGAUCCAAGGAUUUACGAAAUUGCCCUUGAGAGGGCUGGAAAUAUUGCACCAGAAGAAGUUCUGCACAUUGGGGAUAGCAUGCGGAAAGACUACAGGCCGGCAAAGAGUGUGGGGAUGCACGCAUUACUAUUGGAUAGGUUUAAGACUCCAGAUGCUGAGGAGUGGAGAAAAUCUGGUGCAGUUGUGCUUCCUGACUUGGUGUCUGUACAAGAGUUGCUCACCUUAGGGACAUUGACAUGCUGAGGGGCUUAUUUCUUUCCCAAAGCGACCGUUAUGUGCACCUUUUUCCCUCUUGAUAAAUGAAAAUUUCAUACAAUAACUUGCUGGUCUCCAUUUCCUUGAACUUUGAUAAAUUUGUUGUAUUAUCUCAAAAUUAAAACUUUCCGAGAUCUGAGAGGAAAGAGUGAAUGCCAAUUCUGUAAUAGCAGUAUUAAAAAAGCUAAAUCAUUGUCAACUUCUGAAGACGUUUGCAUUUU